AUGGCGUCGGUGCAAGCUCCUCCGGCGGUCCAGCACCCCGGCGCGCCUAUGCCCGCUGGCAUGACCAAGCAGCAGGCUGAAGAGGUUUUCAGGAAACUGAAGCAGAUGAAAGACCAGGGCGUCUCCCAGAGUGACCCCGAAUUCAUCAAGGCAUCGCAGUUCUUGAUUAACUUUCAACAACAGCAGCACAUGCGCCGCAGCCAGCAACAGUAUUUGCAACAGCAACAGCAGCUCCAAUUACAACAGCAGCAACAGCAACAGCAGAUGCAAAACGCGACCAAUGGUGUAUCUACCAAUGGUGUCCAACCUGUCCGUCCUCAGCAGGCCACUCCCCAAGCCACGCAACCUCCUUCCAACGCGCUCAGCGCAUCGGCGAUGCCGACUCAGAAUACCUCGACACCAGCCUCCGCAGGUACCUCUCCAUCAACUGCGUCGACUCCGAACCACUUCACUCAGCAGCAGCUCGGCCUCUUGAGGCAACAGAUCCACGCGUUCAAGCUCCUCGGAAAGAACGCCGGUGUUUCUGCACAGCUGCAACAAGCCAUUUUCAACCAGCGUCAGCGCAGACAGGCUGCCGUUGCCGAUGCUCCUCAGGGGGCACAGCCCGUCAAGCCUAGCCAGGCUGGCCCCGACGCCGGCAAGGCUUCGCAAGAUGGCCCUGAGCCCGACACACAAGACGAGAGCUCGCAGGCUCCCAAGGCGCACACCUUCAAAACGGUUAAGUCUCCCUACGGCACUAGCAUGAUCCGCUCCUCUAUCAAAUACUUUGAUCAUUCGCAACGCAAGAACCGAUGGUUUAUUCCGGGCGUCUUCCCCACCGGGAUUGACUUCGACCACCUGAGAUAUGAACGGGAAGUCGUCGUCUCAAAUAGGAUGAGACAACGAUAUGCCGAGUUGAAGAACCUGCCCGGAGACCUGGCUCAUUGGGAUUCGUCCAAAGAGAACCUGGAGGCCGAUGAUACUCUGAAGCGCAAGGCAAUUAUUGAGAUGAAGAGCAUUGCGCUGUACGCUAAGCAACGGGCACUCCGGGACAAGAUUGGUCGUCAGAUGAUGCAUUAUGACAACCUUGCCAUGACUACCAACAGGUCCAACUACCGUCGCAUGAAGAAGCAGAAUGUUCGUGAGGCUCGCAUCACCGAGAAGCUCGAGAAGCAGCAACGCGACGCCCGCGAGAAUCGGGAGAAGAAGAAGCACAGCGACUUCCUCCGUGCCAUCUUCAGCCACCAACAAGAAGUCACAGAGUCCGCUGCCUCCCAGCGCACCAAGUCGCACAAGCUGGCACGUCUCAUGUACCAGCAGCACUUCAACAUUGAGAAGGAAGAGCAGAAGCGCAUUGAGAGGAACGCGAAGCAACGUCUGCAGGCUCUCAAGGCCGAUGAUGAAGAGGCAUACCUCAAGCUGCUUGAUCAAGCCAAGGAUACUCGUAUCACUCACUUGCUCAGGCAGACCGAUGGCUUCCUCAACCAGCUGGCGUCGUCGGUUAAGGCCCAACAGCGCCAGGCUGCUGAGCGUUACGGUGACGAAAUCGAGCCAGCCAUGGAGGAGGAGAGCGACUACGAUGAGGAAGGAGAGAGCAACAAGAAGAUCGACUACUAUGCUGUGGCACAUCGUAUUCGGGAGGAGGUUACUGAGCAGGCCAACAUUCUCGUUGGUGGAAAGCUCAAGGAGUACCAGGUCAAGGGUCUUCAGUGGAUGAUUUCUCUGUACAACAACAACCUCAACGGUAUCCUGGCUGAUGAAAUGGGUCUCGGAAAGACGAUUCAGACCAUCAGUCUGAUUACCUACCUCAUCGAGCGAAAGCAGCAGCCCGGACCCUAUCUGGUCAUCGUUCCCCUCAGUACCCUCACCAACUGGAACCUGGAGUUUGAGCGAUGGGCGCCUUCUGUGAGCCGCAUUGUCUACAAGGGCCCCCCCAACGCUCGCAAACAGCAGCAGGAUAAGAUCCGCCAAGGCAAGUUCCAGGUCCUCCUAACAACCUACGAGUACAUCAUCAAGGAUCGACCCGUUCUCAGCAAGAUCAAGUGGUUCCACAUGAUCAUCGACGAAGGUCACCGAAUGAAGAACUCCAACUCCAAGUUGAGCGCCACCAUCCAACAAUACUACCACACCCGCUUCCGACUCAUUCUCACUGGUACCCCGCUGCAAAACAACCUGGCCGAGUUGUGGGCUAUGCUCAACUUUGUUCUGCCCAACAUCUUCAAGUCUUCCAAGACCUUCGACGAUUGGUUCAAUACCCCCUUCGCCAACACCGGUGGCCAAGAUAAGAUGGAGCUUACGGAAGAAGAGCAAAUUCUCGUCAUUCGUCGUCUGCACAAGGUCCUGCGUCCCUUCUUGCUCCGCCGUUUGAAGAAGGAUGUCGAGAAGGAUCUUCCGGACAAGACGGAAAAGGUCAUCAAGUGCAAGUUCUCUGCUCUUCAGUCCAAGCUGUACAAGCAGAUGGUUACACACAACAAGCUCGUUGUCAGCGAUGGCAAGGGCGGCAAGACUGGUGCUCGUGGUCUGAGCAACAUGAUUAUGCAACUUCGAAAGCUUUGCAACCAUCCGUUUGUGUUUGAUGUUGUCGAGAACGUCAUGAACCCUUUGAGCAUCAGUAACGAUCUGCUGUGGCGAACUGCGGGCAAGUUCGAAUUGCUUGACCGGAUUCUGCCCAAGUAUCAGGCAACCGGACAUCGAGUCCUGAUGUUCUUCCAGAUGACUGCGAUUAUGGACAUCAUGGAGGACUACCUGCGUUACAAGCGAGUCGAGUAUCUCCGACUGGACGGUACAACAAAGUCGGAUGAGCGUUCUGACUUGCUCCGAGAGUUCAACCAGCCCGACUCCAAGUACUUCAUGUUCUUGCUCUCGACCCGUGCUGGUGGUCUCGGUCUCAACUUGCAAACCGCCGAUACCGUCAUCAUCUAUGACUCCGAUUGGAACCCUCACCAGGAUUUGCAGGCUCAGGAUCGUGCGCAUCGUAUUGGUCAGAAGAACGAAGUCCGUAUUCUCCGACUUAUCAGCUCGAACUCGGUGGAAGAGAAGAUUCUGGAGCGAGCGCGAUUCAAGUUGGAUAUGGAUGGCAAGGUCAUUCAAGCCGGUCGUUUUGAUAAUAAGUCGUCGGAAACAGAUCGUGAUGCAAUGCUUCGAACACUUCUGGAAACUGCCGACAUGGCCGAGUCUGGUGAACAAGAUGAGAUGGAAGACGAGGAGCUCAACAUGAUGCUAGCUCGCAGUGACGCCGAGAUGGCCCUUUUCCAGAAGAUGGAUGAGGAGCGACAGAAGAUCUCGCCUUAUGGCAAGCCAGGUGGCAAACCCCGACUCAUGGGCGAGGAUGAGUUGCCUGACAUCUACCUCAACGAAGGCAACCCCAUCUCGGAGGAGACGGAAGAGGUUGUCCUUGGCCGUGGAGCUCGUGAGCGCACCAAGGUUCGAUACGAUGAUGGUCUCACGGAAGAGCAGUGGCUCAUGGCAGUGGAUGACGACGAGGACUCUCCCGAGGCGGCGGCGGCCCGUAAACAGGCUCGCAAGGACAAGCGAGAAGUCAACAAGCUAAAGAGGCAGGCCAUAGGCAACUCGAUGGGCGGGUCACCUGCAGCCAGUCGCGCCAGCACGGAAGAAAUCGAGACUCCAAAGAAGCGAGGACGCAAGCCUGGCAGCAAGAAUGAGAAGCGCAAGGCUGAGGACGGAGAGGAGCCACCGGCUAAGAAGCGACGCGGACCACAAGGUCGCCCCAGCAAGGUCAGCCUCGAGUCGCGUAUUCCUCCUCAUCAACGCGAGGUGCUGCAGAAGAGUCUUCGAACUCUGUAUGAGGCUCUGAUGACCCUGGAAGUGGAUGACAUUGAACCACCAGAGGAUGACGAGUCGGAUCCUGGAAAGCGCCUCAUCAUCGGACCCUUUGUCAAGCUGCCCCCCAAGCGUGACUACGCCGACUACUACGUCAUCAUCCAGAAUCCCAUCUGCAUGAACCAGAUCCAGACACGGAUUAAGAAGGAGGAAUACACGUGCCUGAGCGCGAUGCGAAAGGACAUUGAGCUGAUGAUCCGCAACUGCCAAACCUACAACGAGGAUGGAAGCAUCCUGUACCAGGAUGCUAAGAUCAUGGAGGAAUUCUUCAACACCAAGUAUCAAGAAGAAAUGGCAGCGCAUGCCGAGCUUCAAGAGCUUGAAGAGGGAGGCAACGAGAGCUCGGUAGCCCCCUCAGGAAGCGGCGGCACACCACAGCCCAGCGGAACGCGGAUCAAGUUAAUUUCGAGCAGCUCCAGGGAACCGAAUGGUGGCAGCACUGCGGCCCAGAGCGACGAGGAAUGA